GUACUACUUGUCCAUAGCGUCGUCGCCACAGGACCGAUUCUCAAAAACUACAAAGCUUUUCCAUCCUUGGCGCAGUAAUAACCUUGUGUGAAAAUCCGAGCAGUACUAUCCAAAUUAUAGACAUGGCAAGGAAUAGCGGACCGACAAACAUACCAACAGACCGACAGACAAAAAGAUAGACAGACCGACGGAAAUGAGCGACAUAAUUUUUCGUGAUGUACAUGUCAUGUAGAAUCAAAAAAACAUAUCUCACUUUGGAUUUGUUCGUGAUUACAAGUUUUCUAGUGGAAAUAACUUGAAUUGCGCUCGGUCUUGGAUGCGGGCGUUGAUCGGCUCGCGAACUCGCGACUUUCGACCCACCUCACGUUCUGAUUUUCUGCACCCGACACCAAAGGCUUCCACUUUUCUAAAAAUACUCGGAAAUUCUGUGUGUGUGCUUUGGCGCGUCCAGCCGAACUUUCCGUGUCGAGCAGUCACCACCGACGUUGAAAUCCCUCGCGAGUGUGUCCUGAGUGCAACCAAUCACCAUGGGGGACGUAGACGUGCACUCAAACUUCACCAUCACCGAAAAGAAAACGAAGAAAGUGAAGAAAACGGUGAAGCAACGCAGGGAGAGCAGCGACCAUGGACAGGAGGUCACCAUCACCGAGAUGAAGAAUGGCCAGGGAAAAUUUGCCAUCUCACAUACCCCUGUAUAAACAAAAGGCGUAACGGUCUACUACUUGAUUACUCUGCUCGUACUGCCGCCGUGCUUCGUUGGACGCUGCCUCGUCUGAAGGUAUGGAAAGAACCGAUGGUGAUGCUACGUAGGAAUUGCAGAGUCAUCCUACUCGACGCCAUUUUUUUUAAUGUGGUGUAGCCUAAUUUUCAGCGGUGAAUACACAAAGGCUAUGAACAAAGACUGGCACGGUCAGCACUUUUGCUGUUGGCAGUGCGACGAAAGCCUGACUGGCCAGCGAUACGUGCUCAGAGAUGACCAUCCGUACUGCGUAUCGUGCUACGAAUCCGUCUUCGCCAAUGCAUGCGAGAAGUGUAGUAGGAUCAUCGGCAUAGAUUCAAAGGAUCUGUCGUACAAGGACAAACAUUGGCACGAAGCAUGUUUCAACUGCACAACAUGCGGCGAAUCUCUCGUAGACAAACAAUUCGGAUCAAAGGGAGACCGAAUCUACUGCGGCAGCUGCUACGACCAACAGUUCGCUUCCAGGUGCGACGGAUGUCACGAAAUCUUCAGGGCUGGUACGAAGAAAAUGGAAUACAAGACCAGACAGUGGCACGAGAAAUGCUUCUGCUGCUGCGUGUGCAAAAUACCAAUUGGUACACAGAGCUUUAUCCCUCGUGAACAAGAAAUCUACUGCGCCAAGUGCUACGAAGAGAAAUUCGCUACUAGGUGUAUCAAGUGUAACAAGGUGAUCACCAGCGGAGGUGUAACGUACAAGAACGAGCCUUGGCACAGGGAAUGCUUCACCUGUACGCACUGCGAGAAGAGCCUUGCUGGAGAGAGGUUCACCAGCCGCGACGAGAAACCUUACUGUGCCGAGUGCUUCGGCGAACUGUUCGCGAAGAGGUGUUAUGCUUGCAACAAACCUAUCACAGGUAUUGGCGGCACCAAGUUCAUCUCGUUCGAAGACCGUCAUUGGCACAACGAUUGCUUCUUCUGUGCAUCAUGUCGCACAAGUCUGGUGGGACGCGGUUUCAUCACCGAUCAAGAUGACAUCAUCUGCCCCGAAUGCGCCAAACAGAAGCUCAGCUAGAUCAACAGUACAUGAUCAACCAAACGCAAGUUGCUCUUCUUUGAAUCCAUCCUUCCAAUAUAUUUUGUUUCCAUUUAGUGUUAUACAAUGUAUUCACAUCAUUGUUGUUGAAAUAAUCAAAGAAUUACUAAAUGUAUAGUAACUAUGCAAGAUUUCAACUGCACUGAACAUUCACUCAAAUCACCUAGAGUAUACCUAAAUUUAGUAAUAAUAUAGGUGUUACACUAGCUUAUAGUGUAUCCGUAAUGUUGUAGUGUCAAAUACUAAAAAGAUAACUAUUUUAUGUUUGAAUACUAUGUCUAUAGUCUUUGGGGAUUUCCACCCAUGACAGAUUGUUUUGGAAAGACUGAUUCUCUGAGCAACUUGCUGGUAAAAUGACACGCAAUUUUUAGACAUUUUAUCGAUUCUGAAAUGCAAAUUAUUUUUUAAAAAUUUACACUGACACUUACACACGCACAUUUUACACUCAGUAUAAGAAAAACAGAAAACAAAAAAAAUAGAGUGAAAAGGAAAGUGAAAUGAGGAAGAGUUUUUUGAUUUUUUUGUACGUCAUAUGAUUUAAUAUUCUCACCUGUGGCUCAAAUGCAGAUAUAAUGUGCUCAUAUCGUGCCAUUUUUUUUUGUAUGAUGAGUAAUAUGGAAGUUAGAUACCUUUUCUGUAUGUAGGUGUGUCUUUGAAGGUUUUGAAUUGUCCAGCGCAUUUGAGCCGUAGAUGAUUAUCAAAGAUAAAUAUAUACAUAUUCUAAAUAUCGGACAUAAAGUUGCCUUAAUAACCUAUUAUCAUGCCUAAUGCACAUACUGUCCCACUUAAUGCUUAUUUCCUAAUUGAGCACUUGUGAGGCCAAUCACUUCGAGAAAAUCAAAUAUGUGAAACAUUGCCGAGUGUCACUGUCGUGCGACACAGAUCGCAUGAAUUUAAACAUUUUUGACAGUGGUUUGUGUUGAAAAGUGGGAUACGUUAUAAAUAUUUAUUCUAGUAUAUAUUGAUUAAAGUACCAAUCACAAAUCGUGGAAUUUGUCCACCGGACAAAUUUAGUGAAAAUUUGGUCAAAUGUUCCAAUCGGCGCAAUGCUUAGAAAUGCUUUCUAUUUGAGAUACAGGGUGUCAAACAUUGGUGCCUUAGCCUAUCUUUAACAUCUUGUGCCUUAAAUAGAAAGUAUUUCUGGGCUUAGGGCCCAUUUGAACAUUUGAUCAGCACUGUAUGAACUAUCACUAGACAAUUUUUCAUUAAAUUUGACUGGUGGUGACAUUCCAUGGUUUGUGCAUGGUAUUUUAUAAUUUUUUUAACAUACAGUAGCAUUGUUGUAGAUAAUAAAUGAAGCUUCAUAGCAUUUACGGAAUAUAUACAGAGCGAAGAUUUUGGUGCUAAAAUUUGUAGUUCAGUUAAGCUUUGUCAUAUUUUUAGUUGUAAACGUGUAGAAUAUAUAUAUAUAUAUAUAUAAUUGUUGCAUAAUACCAUAUUUUAUGGAAGCUUGAUUAGGUGAAUUUGUUAUUAAUAUUUAUUAUUUAGACGUUAUAACAUUUUAUUGUAAAUUUGAAUAUGAUAUAUGAGUACUGUAACAUUUUUGGACUGUUACAAAUUGUUACGCUUCUCAAAUGAACAAUGGAGCUUUGCUUUUAGGGAUACUGUUAUAUUUUAUUCCUUAAUAUAAAUUUUAAAAGCUUGUAA